CUGGGAAACAGUAGCAUCACAUUAGCUGCUGGGGACUCGGACAAUCGGAGAUUAAAAAUAAAAAGAGUAAAUCAUUCAAAGAUGUUCCUUUUCUGCAAUGAAUACGCCAGCUAAUGUCGAUUCAGAUACACAUUAAGAAGUUCUCCGAGGAGCGCAAGAUUUUGCUGUAAAUGUAUCAAGAACUUGGAACAAAGCAUGAAAAAGGCGACCAAGCCCACGGCCGCCGGCUCCAGAACCUCAGCGGGCACUAAAGCCCCGGUCAGAUCAGAGGGAAGCAACAUUAUGGGCACAGGUGGCAAGAUGGCAAACAAAACCCUGAGUUCAGCCCCACUAUCUAAGGCAAAAAGCAACGAUGAUCUCCCAGCGGUGAGUUCAGGAAGUGGAGGAGUAUCCAUUAGCAACAGUAACACUACAGCCAGAAACAAGAGAGGAACCUCUAAUCAGAGCACCAGCAGCACAGAGACCAGGGCCAAGACCAGUUUAGGUCUAUCAGGAAGGCGUGGAACGUCCUCUGCAGCCAAGGAUCCAGGCAUGACCCGAGAGAAUUUGCAAGAACAUUCCAGAUCCAGUGCUGCUAAAAAGCUAGCUGGACCCACCGAUGCCAUGCCUCAGAAGAAAUCUCGAUGCCGUGCAGUAGGCGACUCUGAGUCUCGGAUGAGUAAAUCUCGCUCAGACAGCCAGAUUAGACAAAAAUCAGUUCUGGAGGGCAGAGUGAAGGACCUGCAAGGCUUAGCCAAGAGCAAAGACUUGGAGAUCCUGCACCUGCGCUCUGAACUCCGGGGUAUGAGAGCCCAGCUUGGUCUGGAAGCUCUUGAUGGCCUUGAUGCUCUUGAUCCAGAAGAAGGGUCUGAAGAGACAAAGCAACCACAGGAGAAGGAAGUUUCUCCUGUUAUCAGUGCAGCAGAUGUGGAGUCCACACUCCUACUCCUUCAAGACCAGAACCAGGGCAUUCGAGAUGAGCUCAACAUGUUGAAGAGUGAAAACUGCAUGUUAAAGGAUCGCCUAAAUGCUCUCGGUUUUUCACUUGAGCACCGACUUGACAGCCCUGACAAAGGCCUGUGCUGCCUUUCCUUUAGUCCUGAGCCUGUUGAAGGUGGUGGCUAUAUUAACACCAGUGGGGGUAUCUGCGAAAGCAGAGGGGGUGGCAUUCGGAUAUCUUCCACUGAAGGCUCUGUCCAAGGCUCUGUCCAAGGAUCUACCGAGGACUUGCUAUCAGAACCAAGACGUGUCAGCUCUCCGGAUGCAGUGGACAGUGAGUGCAGUGAGGUCUACCAGCCCAUCACAUCUAGUGAUGAUGCCCUAGAUGCACCCUCAGGUUGUGGGUCAUCUUCUGAAUCUGAAGGUGGGCCACCGAGCAGGGAACAUUCGCGCAGGGGUAGCAGUGGGAACACCAGCGAGGUUUCGGUGGCUUGUCUGACUGAGCGCAUCCACCAGAUGGAAGAGAACCAACACAGCACAGCAGAAGAACUCCAGGCCACCCUACAGGAACUUGCUGACCUGCAACAGAUCACCCAAGAGUUGACUACAGAGAAUGAACGUUUGGGCGAGGAGCGUGCCAUUCUAGUCGACUCCCUUUGUCAGCAAGGCGAGCGUCUUGAACUGUAUGGAAGACAGCUGGACUAUUUCCAUGGUCUGCUUGAUGAGCACAGAGUGGCCUACAACAAGGAUGACGAAGAUGCCAAAAGUUUGCGAUAUGUGGAGCUGGAAAGACACUACGCAGAGCUCAACGAGGAUUCGCGUUUUGAGAGGGAGCAACUCUUGGGUGUCCAGCAACAGCUCAGCAGUGCACUCAAGAUGGCGGAACAGGAGAACGCAGAAGCUCAAGGCCUGAUGGCAGCAUUGAAGGAAAGAGUCCAUAUGGCUGAGAGAGCUGUGGAAAUGGAGCGCCGGGAGUGCGCAGCCACCACAGCAGAGAUGAAAGCUUUGAGGGUGGUGUCCGAAGGAGAGCAGGUGGAGCUAAACCGCUGCAGAUUCCAGCUUGAGCAGGAGAGGCAGAGAGUGGCCCAGCUCCUCUCCAUUCACAAUGCAGGGGAUAAGAGCGACAUAAGGCACCUGCUGGACACCGAGAGAUUAGACAAGGAGCGAGCAGAGGCUAAAGCAGCUCAGCUACAAGAUGAGCUGGGGCACACGCGCAGUGAAGCUGCACAGUUGCAGGAAGCAAUUAGCAAGCUGGAGGGUGAGUUCCGGGCAUUCCGUAAUGAUAUCCAGAUGCAGGUAGCUGAUCAGAAACGGCUUCUGGAGCAGCAGUGCUCUGAGCUGGAAGAGAAGGACACAGAGAUCGCAGACAUGAAGGAGACCAUCUUUGAGUUGGAAGAUGAGGUCGAGCAGCAUCGUGCUGUAAAGCUCCAUGACAACCUCAUCAUAUCUGACCUAGAGAAUUCCAUCAAAAAGCUUCAUGAUCAGAAAUAUGACAUGGAGAAGGAAAUUAAGGUGCUUCACCGAAAAUUACGGGAGGAAUCGACUGAGUGGCGGCAGUUCCAGACUGAUCUGCAAACAGCUGUCAUCAUAGCCAACAACAUCAAGGCGGAGGCUCAGGAGGAGAUCGGGGACCUGCAGCAGCGUCUACAGGAAGCUCAAGAGAAAAACGAAAAAAUAAGCAAAGAGUUGGACGAACUAAAGAACAGAAAGUACGAGAAAAAAGAUUACACAGCCCAGUCUGAAAGUGCUGAGAGCUGGAAUAUAAACAGGCAGGAAGAGGAGCGUGGACGUGUGUAUAAUUAUAUGAAUGCCGUGGAGAGAGACCUGGCUGCACUGAGGCAGGGAAUGGGUCUAAGCCGAUGCUCCUCCACAUCUUCCGAGCAAUCGCCCACUGUCAAAACACUCAUUAAGAGCUUCGACAACGUCUCGCAAGGACCUGUUCCAGACAGUCCAGUUGCUCCUGUUACUGCAGCGGCCACUAUCUCUAGAACCCCACUGAGUCCCAGCCCUAUCAAAACCCCUCCAGCUGCUGCGGUCUCUCCCAUGCAGAGACACACCAUCAACUCACCCAAACCUCUUUCCUCAAUGCUGGACAAGAGUCCGAGCUACACAGACCUGAGUGUACCAGACCACCUCCUCCGAACCUCAUCUGUGACGCGCUCUGGCUGUGGCCUCCAGAGGGUGCCAAACAAAGACUCGUCCAAGUCUAUAUCAGUUUCCCACAGAAGCAGUGAAGAAUUAAAGAGGGAUUUGUCAGUCAAUGACACAUCAGCACCCUCGUCUAUCAUCACAAUGGGCUCCUCCUCUCCCCAGCUGUCUUCAAACUCUUCCUCCCCAACCGCCUCUGUCACGCCCACCACACGAGGGCGUUUACGAGAAGAGAAGGACCCUCUAUCAGCUUUAGCCAGAGAAUAUGGAGGAUCCAAGAGAAACGCUCUGCUCAGAUGGUGCCAGAAGAAGACUGAGGGUUAUCAGAAUAUUGACAUCACCAACUUCAGCAGCAGCUGGAAUGAUGGGCUCGCUUUCUGUGCGAUUCUUCACACCUACCUCCCGGCGCAUAUCCCUUACCAUGAACUCAAGAGCCAGGACAAGAGGCGAAAUUUCACUUUGGCCUUCCAGGCAGCGGAAAGCGUGGGAAUAAAAUCCACACUGGACAUUGGUGAAAUGGUGCACACAGAAAGACCAGACUGGCAGAGUGUCAUGACCUAUGUGACAGCCAUUUAUAAGUAUUUUGAGACCUGAGGUCUUCUUGAACAGGGCUAUUUCAGCAGCUGCAGUCUUACCUCACUCACUUUUCCUUGCUGUGGGUGCCAAAACUACAUUUCCCAGAAGCCUCAGCUGUGCCAACAACCUGUUUUGAAGCAUUGUCAUCAGUAGUCAUGACAACUUGGCAACUUGUAUUUUCUCAGAAUUGCUGCAGAAACUGGUCAGAAUCAACUAAGCUUCUGUGAUUGGCAAUACUUGUUUUUAGGAUCAUGAAAGAUCUGCAAGCUCCCAUAGACAAGACAGCUAUAUGUUCCCUGUCUAGCUUCACAAUGGACUAUGACUUCCUUUAUAAAUGUUGCCAAACUCUAUUUUUGAGAUGAACUGUAGUGUGUUCCAUAGUGCCAUUCGAGCAACAAAAAUGUAUAUCUCCAAAUGGGAUUGCCUUUGAAAGAUGCCUUGUUUUGUCACCCUCUCUGUGGUGUGGCCGUAUUGAAUAAGAUUGGUAUUAGAUAAUAAGUAUUUAUUCCAAAGGGAGACGCCACAAUAGACUUUGCUUGUUAGCUUCUUAGCCUCGAUAAGUUCUAUUUUGUCUUUUUAGUUAUACUCUUAUUUUUCUUUUCUUUUUCCUAGGCUUUUUGUUUUUGGUUUGUUUUAGGAUUGGAUUGUUUUGUUUUUUAGUUUUUGUUUUUUUUGUGUGUUUGUUUUUUUUGGGUGUUUUGUUUGACUAGACUUUUUUGUUUUUCUUUUUUCUAGAUGCUUUUUCUUUUGUUUGACUAGACAUUUUUUUUUUCUAGAUGCUGUUUCUUUUGA